UGGAGAAAUGAAUGAAACUUUAAUACAAUGUGAAAAUAAUGAGGGAAGGUACAACGACUCAAAAGAUUGAUCGUAUAAUCGGCAUUUUUUUUUUACCUUUUUUUAUUUUUUUCUCAAAAAUGCUAUUAAUAAAAUCUAUAUUUUUUUUUAUAUAUCAUUUGAAAGCUCUAUUGAUGAUGAAUAAUUUGGUUUUUAUUUCAUAUCUAUAUCUUUAAUAAUCAUGGAGAUACAUACAAAUAAAAAAAAUAGUCAUUCGAUCAAUUUUUUGGUUCGCCAUU